AUGAACUCACCUUCGUCAUGCGUUCCACCUGGACCUAAAGAUCAUCAUCUCUCGAGGCUAUAUAAUCCAUCUCCAUAUCCGUCGGCAUUGGCAUCAGGACAAGCGCCAUUCUUCCGAAGCUCAAGUGCGAAUGACACUACUUGGGAUAUGAAAGCUCCGAUAUCACAAUCAAGACCGUAUGUAUCACCUGAUCCAUCCCCAUUGGAAGAAAGGUUUGAUCACAACUCCGGACCUCAUCUUCCUCAUCCCAACACAUUUGCUUAUCGUCCGAGGGACUUCCCUUAUCCUCCGCCAAUCUUACAUGAAAGACCACCUGAAGCGUUGAUGCAUCAGAACAAUCGGCUUUAUGAAACGAUGCCGAUGCAUUCACCAAGAUAUAAUGAAGAUGCCCGUUCACGUGGAGAUGAUAUCGAUCCUUGGUAUAAUCCAGUUUUAAUCCCUCAACCAAGACAACAGAAAAAACAAAAAGGUCAAAAGAAAGUGGAAGGUAAACAACCUACUUUCUUGACCAAGCUUUACGGGGAUCAACCAGAAUAUCACCACAUUAUUCGAUGGGACGAGACUGGUGAAGCAAUCGUCAUUGAAAAUCCCGAAGAGUUAGCAGACAAGAUCUUGCCGGUUGUUUAUCGUCAAAGCAGAUUUGCAAGCUUCUCGCGACAACUCAAUAUCUACGGAUUCAAUCGUAAACUCAGUCUACGUCAUGUCGAGAGGGGUAUUUGCGAUCCUGAUGCUAGUACAUGGUCUCAUCCGUUCCUCAAGCGAGAAUCAUCCAAAGCUGACAUCCUAUCAUUCAAGAGACGAGUACCGCCUCGACCUACCCAGGCUCAAAAACGAAGACUGAGUAUGCCAGAUGAAGGACAGUCGCCUACAUCAUCUGAACAUAGCGUUGAGUUUCACUCUCCAACUGGAGCAUAUCAGCACCAUUUGUUACCCGAUGUUGACGAAGAACGUCCCAUCUUCUUCCCUCAUCCAAGAGAUUCAUCGUUUGGGUUUCAAGAAUUUCGUCCUCUUCCUCCAUCCGAGUACUUCGCUUAUGAGAGACAAUCUCCAGCGUCUCUCGAGUUCGAUUAUUCCAAUCCUAAUCCUGAAGAUUCCAGGCGAUUCGCCAAUCCACUCCCACAACGUCAAUUAGGUUUAUCAAGAGAAUGGGACAGGGUAGAACCGAGUCAUCUCUUCCACACACAUCCACUUCAAGAGAUACAGGAUAAUGGACCUCAAUCCGCUCCUGCCAAUACUUCAUCUUUCCCUAUCCCCAUCAAAGUCACCCAACAACAUACCAGAACAAGGAGUGUUCAAGGAGAACCUCCUUCUGCUAUGUUGUAUUCUCCUUCAUCACCAUAUAAUACUCAAUCAUGGUUGAUAGGUGAUGUACCCGAGCCUCAAUUGAAACAAGAAGCAGAUAACAGUCCCAUCUCUCCGACUCAGGAACUAUAUCACUACUAUCCUGAGCCUAAUUCCAAAUUCAACUCGAACGAGACUUCCACAUGGGCAAGAAGAGAAGUCCUUGAUCUGCCCAUUAGCAGGUUAGACUUCUUAGCCAAAGACAUGAGAUUGAACUAUUCGUCGCAAUCUUUACUUAACGAUUUCGGUCCAGGUUCAGGUUCCCAGGAGGUCAAUGGACUUGCAAUUGCUUCGCAGGGGUUCUCAGCUUUAUCACCUGACUCACCUCCUACAAUCUCACCUGGAAUCAUUCAAUCUGGAUUUUCAUUCCCGUCCAAUCCCAAAUCGAUCUCACCUGCACCCGCACCAAGAGCUCAUGUUUCCAACAUUGCUCAGAUCAGACAGGAGAGAAGAGCGACUAUAUCUUCAAGUCCUUAUAGUCCACGUAAUCGACUUGCGACUUUACCUUUCGGAGUAGCAGGAGGAGCAGGUAGUCUGAGGACAAUAGCUAGUAGAAGAGGCUCAGAAGCUCCCUUAUCAGGAUUAGGAUUAGGAUUAAAAAUCGGUGAAUUCAAAAUUGAAAAAGAAAUCGAUGAAGAACAAGCUUUACCAAGUGCAAGUAUAAGAUUUGAAGAUAUACAUCCAUUUGAAGGUAUCUUAGGUGGUGAAGGCAAGGGAGAAGUUUGA